AUGUACUUUGAAAUUUGGAUUUUAGGCAAAGGUGCUUGGCAAAAUUGGUCCUAUGAAAUUUCAAUAAAAGAAGCAAACACAGAUCAUACAGUUAUCCAUAGAAAUAUAAACAACACGUUCUUUACUAUUACAAACCUUAAAGAAAAUACGGAAUAUAUUCUUAAAGUAGCGGCUUACACCAACUCUGGAAAAGGACCAUGGUCAUCAGAUUUUCGGGGAAUCACACUUAAUUCUUCAAAAACGCCUAUUCUCUUAUGGUCAGCUUCUGAGGGUCUGCUAAGGACAAAUGCUGCAGGAGAAAGCUUAGAAAUACUUAUUGACAAAAGUACAAUGAAAGAUUAUCACUAUACAGAUAUAGCUCCAUAUAGGGAUCAAAUUUUCAUGGUGACAAAUACAUCUUACGUCUAUUGGUAUAAUACUACGUCGAAAAAGCAAGGACGUUUGGUAGAUUUGGAUUCAGUUGGUAGUAUUGCUGUAGAUUCGAUUGGAAUGAAACUCUACUGGUCCAAUCCCAAACAACAAUUAAUUUUACGUGGAAAUUUAAAUGGAACAGAACAAGAACCACUGUUGACCGUUUUAGCCAAAGAGCUUAAUAUCGAUUCAGAUAAAGCUUAUCUGUAUUGGUCCACUGGGAUAAAAGUUGAAUGUGCCCAUCUUAACGGUGUAGAGAGGUUCGAAUACCAUGAUGUACAGUAUUUUUCUGGAAAACAAGUUAUGGGUUUAACAUUAGAUUUUGAACAGAAGUAUGUUUAUUGGAUAGUUAGAGGAUCAGAAGGAUCAAACUUGUACAAAGGUAGAAUGAAAGGUCACUGGGAUAACGAAGUUCCCUCUGUUGAGAUUAUAUCAAGUUUGCAGAAACCUAACAUCCAAGGUUCUUUAUGUUAUUUUCAUAAACGGCUGUUGUGGUUACAAGACGAUAGAAAUGCAGCCAUAAGUGAUCUGUCAGGGAAAAAUAUUGCGUCUAUAAACGGAAAAUCUCUACAAGGAUUACACAUGGUUUAUGUUGUCGAUUCCUCCCUAUACAUGUUACCAGAUCCAUGGCUACAAGUAAACGUGAUACCCAAAAUGAUAGACAAACGCUCUGUGAAAGUUGUUGGAUCUUGCGAAUCGUUUAAUAUAACAUGGGAUCCUGUAUCGAAUGUCAAUUAUGGUACUGUAUUUUAUGAGAUCCAAAUAGUUAACCCACUGAAGAGUAAUGAUUUAACUGUAGUAACAACAACCAUUCCGACAAUUAAAUACUGGCUCGAAGUAACGCCUUUUACACCCAUUAACGUAACUAUAAGAGCAUUUACUUACUGGGCUUCGUCACCUUUGCUUCAUACUGAAGUCAUUUCGCCAUCGUCCACGCCAUCUGCUCCUUUAAACCUAAGAACUUUUGUCGAAUAUGAUGCUCAUUCUUCCUCUGAAAACCACUUCGCAACAAUAGUUGUGAGGUGGGACCCUCCAGUAAAUCCGAAUGGGAUUUUACAAGGCUACAAACUGAGAUGUUGGUUUAUGGACAGCGAAGUUGAAUUGGAUUUAUGUGACAAUGUGAUUAAUAGAGACAAUGAGACUGAGUACAGAUUGGAGAUGAUAGAGAAUUCAAAAGAGUAUCACUUUGAGGUUCAGGCAUUUACCAAAAUUGGCCUGGGAGUGAAAUCGCCAGUAACAUCGGUGAACACAGCACACGAACAUCCAAUACCAACUCUUCUUGUAGCUGCAGAAAAUUCAAUAUACAUAGAUGAUAUAGAUCUUAACAGAACUAUUGCUUUAGUGGACAGUGUUACUGAACCUAAACAGAUAUCAUACCUUGCUAAAGAAAAAAAGAUAUUCUGGAUUGACAAGAAAGGGGAGAUGUUUGAGCGAAACAUGUUAAGGAAUGUUCAAAGUAAAAUUCAUGACGUAAGAUCUGAUUCUGAUGGAUUGACGUUAGAUUGGAUAGGCAGGGUGUUAUAUUAUAUUCAAAAAGUGGAUGGUCAUAAUAAAUCAGCAAUUUUUAAAGUUGAUCUCAACCAAGAUUUAUUGGAGAGUGUGAAGGUUUUAGAAAGCGAAGAAGGUUUUAUAACAAGACUAGAAGUUUCUCCUUUUACCAAAGCAUUGUACUGGAUUGAAAUAACAAAAGAUUCAAAAUACAAAUUAAUGCAGAGCGAUAUUUUCGGAAGUAAUGUUAAAAACUUUUUUAUUGAUCAUAAAAGCGCCCCUAACAAACCAUGCAAUUGUCCCUAUAAACCAGAAAUUGGUCCUUUUUUUACUCUUGAUCAUUCAGAUAUCAACGCUCGACCAAAAGUAAUAUUUUUGGAUAUCUAUACCCAAAAUCUUAUGUGGUCGGACAAAGAUGCUGAAUCAUGUGGACUAUUAGCAGAUUCGAACUACAUUAGGGAUGGUUUUCCUCUUACUAAUUUAGAAGCUGAUUUUGUCACACUAUAUUGGACCCAAAAAGGAGUACUGCAUGCCUUAAAUAGGAAGGAAUAUAAAUUAUUUACAAAAGAGAUCGACGUUUCCGAUAUCAUUAUUUACGGAAAGCAUAUUCAACCUUACCCACCAGUAAGAUGUCUCAGUCCGAAACAACACAACAACUACACGCUUUCUUUAAAUUCGAAGUCAUUCAAUUCGUUAAUACUAACGAUGCCAAAACCGUCUGUUCAUGAAGACUGUUCCAACAUAUCCAUGGCUAGCAUAAAGUAUAUGAUAUACUACAGCAAAUAUGUUGAUGGAUUUGAUUGUUUCGAAACACGAAAUUGUUCGGAGCUGGUAACUUUUAACGAAACCCAAAUUAUUAACGAACUGAAACCAUACACAAGAUAUUUAAUAAGAGUUUCCGUUAGCAAUUACUACAGUGAUGUGCAUAGGAUUAUUAUUGGACCACCGAGCAUAUUUCAAACUUCCCCAGGAGUGCCUUCUAAACCAAGGAAUGUAUCAGCUAUGGUACUCAGUCCAAACUUGGCUUCGAUCACCUGGUUACCGCCAGAGGAGCUAAACGGAAUUAUUGUUUACUAUGAAAUUCAUUACCAGACUGAAAGCACUCCACUCGGCGUUCGACAUAAAGGAGAACUGAGUGUAAACAGUUCUCAUGCACUCAGCUCCUAUCUGACUACGUUAUCACCCAAUGAGACGUACACAGUUUGGGUGAGAACGUACAGUGAAACCAAUGAAACGUCCAGCGACAGUGAUCGAGUACAAAUAACGACGUAUCCAGAACCCUAUGCUUUGACUUUAGAAAAUACAACAGCCUAUGAUAUGCAGCUAUUAUGGAAACCUACCGAACAUAUUGAGCUAUACCAUAUUGAAUAUUCCUUGUUGACAACAAGCGAGUGGCAACAAAUCGAUACGUUUAAUAAAAAGAAUGACAGUGUCUCUAUUGACGUAUUUAAUCUUAAACCAAAAACCCAUUACAAAUUUAGAUUAAGGCUUAUGUACGAAGGGAACGAUGAGGAGUACAUUUGGCCAAAGGAUUCCAGGUUCACUUUUGAGACAUUAGGAGAUAGACCAAGUCCACCGGGAAUACCAAUAAUCCAGUACGUAAAACCAAAUAUUUAUAAAGUGCUAUGGGAAGCUUCUAAAGAUAACGGUGCUCCAAUUGAAAUUUAUAAAUUAGAAGGCAAAGUUUUAAGGUAUUACAGAACUAAAAGAAGUACAAACAGAACUGUUCCUUUCUUCAAUACUUCUCCUUCUAUUGAAAUCGAAGAUCCUGACCAAUGGACUACUUAUUAUAACGGAACAAAUACAUCUUGGAUCAUAAGCGGACUUAAUGAAAAGAAUAAAUAUGCAUUCAGAGUUUCUUCACUGAACGUAUAUGGUUGGAGUAACGUUAGUGAGGAAAGUAAUGAAUUUGAUUUGACAGAAGCAGCACGAAUGGCAGAAAAGCAAAGCCCUAUGAACUUAAUUCUUAUUGCCACACUCGUUCCUGGAUCAAUAUGCCUUCUUUUCGUUUUAUUUUUUGUAUACUUGAUUUGCUCCGGGAGAAGAAAUAAACAAAAGAAGCUUCAACAAGUUGUGACUUCCGCUCCUAGAAUCCCAGAUGUGGAACUAGCUACAUUGAGAGAGCUACCGAAAAGGGGUGUACAUAAUACAAAUAUUUUAUAUUUUUCUGCUCAACCCACUCCAGAAGAGCUCGGACAUUUACCACAAAUAAGGAGGGAGCAGAUUACUUUGACUACAUUUUUGGGUAGUGGUGCUUUUGGCGAAGUAUUCGAAGGCAGAGCUAAAGGAAUAAAUAAUUCUGCUACAGAAACCAGAGUUGCUGUAAAGACUUUAAAGAAAGGAGCAUCAGAACAGGAAAAGUGCGAGUUUCUGCAAGAAGCGCAACUGAUGAGUCACUUUAAACAUGAGCAUAUUCUCGAACUUCUUGGAGUAUGUUUAGAUAAUGAUCCACAUUUUAUUAUCAUGGAACUGAUGGAAGGUGGAGACUUGCUUACUUAUUUACGGGAUUCUCGAAAUCCAUCGACAUCCACACCUUUCCUUACCCUCAUCGAGCUUUUGAAGAUGUGUGUCGAUGUAUCAAAGGGUUGUAGAUAUUUGGAAGAGAUGCACUUCGUUCACAGAGACUUGGCAUGUCGAAAUUGUUUAGUCUCUUCGUACGAGUCCGAUUUCAGAAUCGUAAAAAUUGGCGAUUUUGGAUUGGCAAGAGAUAUAUACAAAAAUGACUAUUACAGAAAGGAAGGAGAAGCUCUUCUUCCCGUUAGGUGGAUGGCACCAGAAUCGUUAACAGAUGGCGUCUUUACCAGUCAAUCUGACGUGUGGGCAUUCGGUGUAUUACUCUGGGAGAUCAUGACUUUAGGACAGCAACCAUAUCCAGCCAGAGCAAAUCUAGAAGUGUUACAUUAUGUCAGAAGAGGUGGUAGAUUAGGCAAACCCACACAUUGUCCAGACGAGUUGCAUAGUCUGAUGCUCCAAUGUUGGGAGUUCGAUGCCGAAAAAAGGCCGACCUUUAAAUAUUGUUUUGAGAUACUAGAAGGUCUGCACAGUAGAACAGUGUGCAAUCCUACUACAGCUGUGCACGAAGGACAAUAUAUUAGCACAGUGCCCGAUCGAAACUCUUGGAAGAGCGACACUGAAGAUGAAUCAGCACGAGAAAUUACGCCGUUCCUGGACAAAGAACCAAUUUCGGGACCUAAAGAGAUUCCGAAAUAUCUCGAAGUCAUUUUGGGACCAGACGAUAUAUUAGAAAAUGAUGGCUAUGAGAUUCCGAACCAAAUGAUACAGAAACUCGAUGGAAACGCCGAGCCUACAGAACUUGCUGGGAAAAGUGAAGACCGUGCAUGA